GUGAAUUAUAAAGAAUUCCAAAGAUAUCAAUAUUAAAGUGUUAUUGUACAUAUUCGAAGUGUUAAGCUGGUGUCUCAAUAGAAGUACUGAAAGUAAUCUAAAGUGGCCUUUAAAUUCUUUUGAUUUUUUUAUUUUAUCAGGUAAAAUGAGGGACGCGCACACAAAGUGGACUUGCGCCGUGGUGGAAGGCAUUGGCGCGUGUUAAAAUACUUUCAAACAACUCAGUGCGAUCGCAGCCGGCAUGUGAACAGUCGAAAGGGUCUAUCCACAGGCCAGCUAAAAUUGAAAUCCAUGUGCAUAACGUGAACACAGUGAUUGAAUCCUGGAAAAAUAAAAAAACAUUAUGACAGUGACCGCUCCCGAUUUAAACGGACAAUUUAUCCUGUUUUAAAAGUGCACGUAAACAUUUUUAAGGAAAAAAUGAGUGAAUUAUUGGAAUUUGACGUCGGUAGUGAGUUGGAGGAUAUAAAUUAUAAAUGUUGUUUCUCGCGGUCGGUGGUUUUGAACGCGAGAUACAAACACAAAACGCAAUCGAAGGAACCGGACGAAUCCAGGAGCGAACGGGAGACCGCCAAACCGGCGUUCGUCCGUCCUUUGAAAGCCGGCACGUACGAUGUUCGCAAGACUUCUAGAAGCAGCUUGGAUGACACUAGGCGGCUGUCUUUGGGCAGCAUCAACGGGAGCAUCAGAAGUUCAAGUUCGUCACGUUCUUCGGACAUUUCAGUUGAAAACAUAAUGCUUCAAUCGAAAGUCGACACGUUGCAAUGGCAAAUCAAAGAGAUAGAGAAAAGUAGGGAGAUGUACAGGGCGGUUAUGAAGCAGGUGGUGGCGUUUCUUGAAAAGUCUCACCACAGUUUAGAACUGUUAGGGAAUAGGAUAAACACGAAACAGUCAGUGCCUAGAUCCAGGAGCGAUCAUCACAUGAGUCUAGAUCUGUCCAAGCAGGAAGAAAACUCAUCCGACACGUUAACGUGCGCGGACAAAUCGAUGACUUAUUCAGAGAUAUCGUGGAGAAGACAUAAAAAACCAGAAGUAUCCCCGGAAGAAAUACCUCCGGAGAAAUUAGCUCAAGAGGCGUUCCGGCUCCUACGAACCGCUCAAUCGUUGUUGAACACUCGCGAGCCGGAUCUGGCCCACGUGAAGAACGAGCCUGAAAACAACAUUGACUUUUUGGUGUCCCUAGCGAAGGAGUUUCCACUUGCCAACGAGAACAGACCGCAAAGGACGACGUCCUUUUCCCUAUGCCCGAAGUUGAUCUUGCCCGACGAGGUGAAGACUUCAAUCCCGCUUAACAGAAAGUUGUCCUUGCAGUUGAACGAAACCAGAAGGAAUUCGCUGAGUAAAACUUACAGAAACGUGGACUCCGCUCGGGGAAGUUUCGCCGAGAACGAUGACUUCGUUACGUCGUCCAUAAAUGAAACGUCGACGGCAACGUUCACCGUUCAGAAACCCAAAUAUAAAGAAUCCGAAAAGUCGACGUCUCCCUCGGCAGGCAGCAUAAGCUCCGUGGAAGACGAAAGCGGCUUUUCUUCCAUGAAUUCGUUCCAAGAUGUCGGGUUGCCUAUAAUGAACUCCACGAUGUUGGAUGAAGUGUCCACCAAAAACGCAUUGUUGAGGAGCAUGCUCCACAAUAGCAACGGUUUGAGCUCACUUGAACCAACAUCUCUAAUUGAGACCACUCUGGUUCCCAGUACUAUUGAGGAAAAAUCCGACGACCGGAAGGCAAAUAUUGAUGACAUAAAAUUGUGGCAAACCCCAAAUUCGACAGCGUCACACAAAAGAUGGCACUCUAAUCCAGUGGAUGAAACGAAUUCUAACUCGAUGAAAGUACUUUGGGUGUAAUUUUUGUAUUAUUAUGAGUUGUAUUAAAUUUUUCUGGAAGCCAUUUCUUUAAAUUAUUGUAAAAAUUGUGAUAAAUGUUUAAGUUAUUCAGUUUAUCUUAAAAUUAUCAGACGCACUCUGCAAUAUUGUCGUGAAGCGAAUUUUGUGUAUUUUUAUUAUAAUAAUUAGAUUUGUUACAUGUACGAGUAGUUUACGUGAAAAAUAAAUAUUUAUAUA